GACGAGGAGCUUCGUCAUCGAGCGGAGGGGCGGGGCGUCUGCGCCGGAGGUGAUCCCCGGGUUUAAAAGUGCACGAGCGCCGUUUGCGCCGGGGCAGUGCGUCACAGCGAACCAGACGAGGCCGGAACCCCCGGCACCAGAAGCGCGCACAACGCCUGCACACACACCGCUCUCUUUUCACGUUUUUCGCACUUUAUUCCAGCUGGUUGUGGCCACGCGGCGAUACAAAAAGAAGGAUAUUUGACCUUUAAAGUCCGCUGUAUGGAUAAGGAAGUGAUCCUGUUCACAACUUUGACGUCAUAAAGUGCUCUCUGUUGGGGAUAAAAAGAAGGGGGCAAACAAAAAAAAAAGAAAGAAAGAAAAUGAAAUCUGCUGAAGAGGAUGCAUAUGGCUACACUCCAAACGUCAGUCUCUCCCUCCCGCUGGCCAACCCGUGUCUUCCCUUGCAGUACCACAGCCUCCAGUCCAGCCCAACUAUCUCCGUCUCGGUCACCGAGUCUCGCAGUUACGACACACAAGAUGACAUGAGAUCAAGCGGUUUCUACUCGUCACCAAGCGUCCGCUCCAACGGAGCCCCGACGCUGGAGAGCCCUCGCAUCGAGAUCACAGCUUACAGUCAGUUUCCUGAGGAUGAGCUGGAGGGCGGCAACCUGCCUGUUGCCAAACGGGUCAACUCCAUAGUGACGCUGACCCUUCCCAGUGCAGAUGGUUACCGCGAUCCCACCUGUCUGAGUCCGGCCAGCAGUGUCUCUUCCCGCAGUUGCCACUCCGAAGCUUCCUCUUACGAGUCAGGCUUCUCCUACAACUACGACAACUCACCCCAGAAUUCGCCCUGGCAGUCGCCCUCCGUGUCCCCGAAGGGGUCUACCCUCAUGUUGCCGGGUGACGGCUGCACCACAGGGGGCUCCCCUCGCCACUCCCCCUCCACCUCCCCUCGCACAAGUGUGACAGACGACACCUGGAUGGGUCAGCGUGGCUCCAGACCCAACUCCCCAUGUGGUGCCAAGAGGAAGUACAGCUUUAAUGGAGGGGGGUCGCAGAAGCACUACUCAUACUCGCCCAACCACUCCCCUUCACCACAGACGUCCCCUCGUCUCAGCGUUACAGAGGAAACCUGGCUGCCGAACACCAACCAGUACACCAAUUCCGCCAUAUUGGCAGCCAUCAAUGCAUUGACCACAGAUGGUGUGGCAGACCUCGGGGAGGGAAUCCCCACCAAGGCUCGGAAAACCAGCCUGGAGCACAGCCCUUCAGUGAGUCUGAAGGUUGAGCCUGGUGGUGAUGAGCUGAGUCCAGGAGAGUUCUGCCCGGAUGAGCUCUCCUCCAACCGCCUCCCCCUUAAGAAGGAGGGGUUCUGCAGCAGCUUUCUGGAUGUGCCACAGCACCCGUACUCCUGGUCCAAAUCCAAGCAGUAUGUCAGCCCAUCCUUGCCAGCUCUGGACUGGCAGCUGCCAUCCACCACGGGGCCAUACAGCCUGCAGAUCGAGGUGCAGCCCAAAUCCCACCAUCGAGCCCACUACGAGACGGAGGGCAGCAGGGGAGCGGUCAAAGCUCUGGCAGGAGGACACCCCGUGGUUCAGCUCCACGGCUACAUGGAGAGCGAGCCUCUGACCCUGCAGCUGUUCAUUGGCACAGCAGACGACCGGCUGCUGAGGCCUCACGCCUUCUACCAGGUCCACCGCAUCACUGGGAAGACUGUGUCCACCCCGAGCCACGAGGCUCUGUACAACAACACCAAGUUACUGGAGAUCCCUCUGCUGCCAGAGAACAACAUGCGGGCCAUAAUCGACUGUGCAGGGAUCUUGAAGUUGCGUAAUUCGGACAUAGAGCUGCGAAAGGGGGAGACUGACAUUGGACGGAAGAACACGCGAGUGCGGAUGGUUUUCCGAGUUCACAUCAACCAGGCUGCAGGGAGAACUGUGUCCUUGCAGGUUGCAUCCAACCCCAUCGAGUGCUCCCAGAGAUCAGCCCAGGAGCUGCCGUUGGUGGAUAAGCAGAGCGCGGAGACGUGCCCCGCCCCCGGAGGGGAGAGGAUGCUCCUCGAAGGACACAACUUCCAGCACGACUCCAAGGUGGUGUUUGUGGAAAAGGCUCAAGAUGGACACCACCUCUGGGAGUCUGAGGCCAAAGUCGACAGAGACGCCUCGAAGACUAAUUCCCUCCUCGUUGAAAUUCCCCCAUAUCGGAACCAAAGAAUAUCCACGCCUGUCCACGUCAACUUCUAUGUAUGCAAUGGAAAAAGGAAAAGAAGCCAGUACCAGCGAUUCACUUACGUCCCUGCCAGUGUUCCUACAAUAAAGACGGAACCGCAUGACGACUACGACCCCCCUUUGGUUUGCACCCAGCACAGCCCCAGCUUCUCUCUGCACCCAAAACCGUACUUCCCCCCGCAAGUUGUGACCCCGAUGAUGACCGCUGACCUCAGACCAUGUGUCGUGGGCGGGACCUUCUCUGUCAACCAGCAGAGAAAAGUAGCCAAACCUUCCUCUUCCUCCCCCAGCACCAGCCCCAAACUGCAUGACCUGUCGCCCACACCUUUCUCCAAGUGUCUCUCUGUCAGCCCGCUCGUCCCGCUCCAGCAUCCAGGCCCACAGUCACCGAUACCCCACGUCUCCAUCAUCCAGGAAGUGUCCGGUCGCUACCAGCCUUCCGGUCUUUACCCGCCCAGCAACUCCAGCACUUCGCCAGCCUCCCAGCCAUCCACCCCAAGCACGGGCCCAGAGCCUGCCUUCUCUGCAGCUCACUGCCUGACACCAGCUCAGCCGGUCAGCGGCGGCACCAGCCCGCGGGCCCAGCAGCAUCCCAAGGUGCCAGAGCGAAGACGCUCCCACCUGCAGGAGGACAGUGGCUCCACAACACUGGCAGUCAGCAUCAAACAGGAACCACAGGAGCUGGAUCAGAUGUACCUUGAUGAUGUUAAUGAGAUCAUCAGGAAUGACCUGUCCAGCAUCUCCGUCCAAAGCCACGCAUAGAUUCCUGCCACCACAAAAACAGACACACAAAGAGGAAACCUCAAAGUAAAAUUGAUGCUGUGCCUCCCACGCCUGGACUGCAGAGUGCUGGAAGCCACAAAAAAUAAAUAAAUAAAAAUAUGAAGAGAACAAAAGUGACCCGGGUCCAACCUUGUGCCUUGUUUCUCAAAUAGUAUGUUGCCUACUUUCAGAAAUUAACACAGAUGGACAGUUUUUAAAUAAUGUAAAUUACUUUUGCAGCAACCAAAUGAAAGUUUGCUUUUCGAGGACCAAAUGUUGGUUUGUAUGUCGGUUGUUUUUUGUUUUUUCUUGCUGUUGUGCGUAAGCAGUUCUGUGUCUGAGUUUGAGUUCCAUCUUAUGUAUAUGCAAUAUAUGUAGCGCUUCGAUUUUUACAUGCGGCUAAUAGAAAAGUGCCUUUGACUGGAAACCAUUUAUUUUCACACAUUCAGCAUCAGAAUUCAAAGUUACGGCUCAUAUUUUUGCUUGUAUUUGUUGACAAGAGUAACUGGAGAACUGGACGGAGGCUCUGACCACACACGCCUCCACAAACGCUGAACAAUCCUACAUAAACACACUGGGAUGAGCGACACUUUUGCAUGUUUUUGACUAUUUGUAUUACAGUGAAAUUAUUUCAUUAAAUGUACCAUGUUAAAUAUUUUGGCAAGCUAA